AUGCAACAAUUAAGACUGUUGAGCUCGAGAAUUGUUUUAUAUAGAAAAUAAAUGAGAAGGAGAAAUAAAUAUUAACAAGUCAACAUUACCUUCCUCCUAGAUUUUUUUCUUCACUCCCCUUUAUUUAAGCUAUAGGUUGGAAAUUCAUCCUUACAGGCCAGCAUUUGCUAUUUGAAUUUGAAAUAAUGCUGCUUAUAAAUCUGUUAUUGGAUGAGAUAUUAAUUAGUAAUUUGUAAAACAAACUAUAGAUUAGAGAAUGUGCAAAUGCUACAGCAAUAAUGACUACAAGUAUCACAACAAGAAAAGGUUGCUUUUUCGCAACAACAAAGCCUUUAUGUUCUACAUAUUUUUUGUCGAUUAAAUGA